AUGACGAGUGAUUAUCCUGAAAUAACUGGUGGUCCUAUAUGGAUACGUAAAAUGCGUACACUAUUCCGUAGAUUAGAUUCAUCUGGACAUGGUUAUUUAAUGGUUGAUGAUAUUCUUGAAGUUGGUACAACAAUAUUCAAUAUUUAUCCAAAAAUGUCAGCAUAUAAAUAUGAUGAAUUAGUUAAAACCUUAGUAUAUCUAUGGUAUGAAGUUAUAUGUACACAUGUAUCAAGACAAUUAGCAACUACAAUGAAUUUAAAUGAAUCUACAUUUAUUGAUAAUAUGUUAAAAGGAUUAAAAGAUUUUUUCAUGUCUAAUAAUGAGAAGAGUAAAAAUUUACAUUUAUGGGGACCAUUAUUAAAUUAUAAACGUGCUGAAGAUUACGGUGCAUUAGAUUGUGGUCCUGUAUGGGAAAGUAAAAUGCGUACAAUGUAUAGACGUUUAGAUAUUAAUGAAACAAUGAAAUUACAUUGUCAUGAUUUAUUACAAAUUGGUCAAUAUCUUGUUCAACGAGCUCAUUUAGACAGAAGACGUAGUGAUGCUGUUAUGCGUGCAAUGUUACAUAUAUGGGUGAAAUUUUUAGCUAUUGAUAAAACUGUAAUAAUAUUCACAGUAUUGUUAAUUACUACUAUCAUUUGUAAACCCAGUCUUCGUAAAGACUUGGAGGAAAUAUUUAAACUUCAUACAUAUUAUUAUCGUAAUUCAAUUCUGUUGUGUGCAGUCCCACAGCAACCUUCAGCUAAAUAUCUUAAAAAUUUAUAUACUACAGUCUUAUGUGUAGGCUUUGUUUUCUCCCCCCCUGAUUUAUCAUGUUUCAUCACUUCAAUAUCCACAUAUAGUAUCAAUAAAUCUGUAUAG